CGCGGCCGCGCCGGAGGUCACCCAAACGGAAGCAGGGAAGCGCCGCGCGCGUCGUAAAAGGCCGGGCCGGACCGCUUUACGGCGGCGCCGAGAGACCGCUUUACGGCGGCGCCCGGCCAGAGGCGCGAGUGGGGAGUGAGGCGGGCGCGUCGGCUCCUCCCGAGCGGGAGUCGGUGUGUGAGGAGCCCGUCCCGUGGCCGGGCCGGGGCUCUGUGGGCCUCCACCGGCCGCGGGGCCGCGCCGGGCACCGUCGCCUCGUCCCGCUUCUCCGCCGAGGCGCCGCGCGGCCGGGCGGGGGCCCAGGCCUCAGCCGGCGCCAGGGCCUCGGGGGCCCUGCGGGGCUCAGCAUGCCCGGGGUGAAGCUGACCACCCAGGCUUACUGCAAGAUGGUGCUGCACGGCGCCAAGUACCCCCACUGCGCCGUCAACGGCCUGCUGGUGGCCGAGAAGCAGAAGCCGCGCAAGGAGCACCUGCCCCUGGGCGGCCCGGGCGCCCACCCCACCCUCUUCGUGGACUGUAUCCCCCUCUUCCACGGCACCCUGGCCCUCGCCCCCAUGCUGGAGGUGGCCCUUACCCUGAUUGAUUCAUGGUGCAAAGAUAAUAGCUAUGUGAUUGCCGGUUAUUAUCAAGCUAAUGAACGAGUCAAGGAUGCUAGUCCAAACCAGGUCGCAGAAAAGGUGGCCUCCAGAAUCGCCGAGGGCUUCAGCGAUACGGCUCUCAUCAUGGUAGACAACACUAAGUUUACGAUGGACUGCGUGGUACCUACGAUCCAUGUGUACGAACACCAUGAAAACCGAUGGCGGUGCAGGGACCCACACUAUGAUUACUGUGAAGACUGGCCAGAGGCCCAGAGGAUCUCAGCGUCACUCCUGGACAGCCGGUCCUACGAAACACUUGUGGAUUUUGAUAACCACCUGGAUGACAUUCGGAAUGACUGGACAAACCCAGAGAUCAAUAAAGCUGUUCUGCAUCUGUGCUAGGGAGGGGUUUUAGUGACUGGUCUCUGGGCGUUUCCACUACACUGAAGAAGAAAGCUAUUUUUAAAUGUAAAUAAGGUCUCUCGUAGCCUGUGUGGGAAGCGGACAGUUAGCAGAGGUGGUUGUGCCCUGAUAGGGCAGAGUGUCCCUCACCAUCUUUCUAAUUCAGAGUCUCUAGAAGAGGUGCACACUGUCCCACCUGACCGUCCCUGUGGAGCCCUUCCCAGUUAUAUGUUGCUCUAAUCCUCCAAAUCAAAGCUGUUUCUGCUUGUCUGAGAUUGUUCCUCUUAAACAGUUUUAACUAACCUUUUAUAAUCUGGAGAGAAUGCCUUUUAAGGCUUAUGAAUUACCUUUAAAAGAAAAAAGCCCAGAUCUUCUACUCGCGUGGGUGUGUGUGGGUUUUCAUCCUGUCGGGGUUCGUGUGGUCCGGGAUCCGGCGCACGGCGUGCCACUGUUCGCAGUGGGAGGCUGCGGCUGUGAGCAGCGCUGCCCCGCUGGUCGGGCUCACGUAGCCGCCGCGACUGCACGGUGGGAAUAAUGCCACUGUUGCCUGAGAAACCGUCAUCGUUAAGGGUGAAAACAGACGCUGCCGCCGGUAAUGGGAACUUGGAUGGGAGCACAGUGUAAUGCUUCUCAAUCAACCAGAAAGCUCGCAAACCUGCGGAAUCAAAACAGGGAAAAUGGAGCUGCGCUCAGAUGAUCUUUAAAAGGCAAAAAUCAGUCCCCACCCCUGACUCACUUCCAUGAUUAUCUUAAAUGGUUCUACUCUGUGUACUCAAAAUAAUUGUUUCUUUUGUAUUUGAAGCAACAAAAGCCAAAUAAAACUUAGACUCCCCAGGUU